AUUUCGUCCCGGAGGAUGGGCUCGCACCGCGGGACGCUCGGUGUCGGUGUGGCUGCUCGUUGCUAUCCUCCCGCGAUCGGAUUGCGAGGCAGCGGCGCGGGAGGGGCGAAGCGGCGGCGGGACUGAGUGUUGCUCGCUGCCCGCAUGGCUCUGACGUAGUGGAAGAGUUGACCAGCUUCUUGGUGAGCCUUACCUUUUGUGGAGAAUAAAGGUCCCUAAGCUGAUCCUUGUCCCUGCUGACUUACUGCUGGCAUCCUCAGGGACAGGUUCUGGACGUCAGCUUGUCUUCACUCUACCCUUGUGUCCCUGCUUUCUGGAUGUAUGGAGUGAUUAGCUUAUUUCUGCUUUCCUGUUCCUGCUUCAUAUAAGGACCUAGUAAUAGACCCUUGCCUGAAAUGUCACUUUUGUUUAUUUUAAAACCUCUUUUAAACAAACAUGUCUUCCUUUGCAAUAACAGACAAUGGUUGCUGAAGGUAAUUAUGUACUGUAUUUUGGAAUCUUUAAGGACUUCACAUACUGCUUUGAAAAAAGCCUGUGUGAUAAUACUCACAUAAGAAGUGCCUGCUUUGUGAAUGGCUUUUAGUCUUUGAAAACUUUUUUUGACUCCUGGAUUACUAAUAAAAUAAAAAGAAAUAUGAUUUGGAAUUUUCACUUGUAAUGCAAGAUCUUGCUGGGCAGCAAAGGGCCUACCUGACAUCCUUCUGUGUCAGCAUGAAAAAGAAAGGCUGCCAUUGCUAGAUGUGAGCCUCUAAACAGGGACUGACAACUCAAGCUUCAUAAAAGUUGCUAGAGUGCAUCUAUGUGAUGCACAAGUAACACUGAGUUUCUAAAGAAAUGGCAAACUUGCUUUUUUAUUCACAUUUUAUUAUAACAUGGUUGCAUUUUAUUUGGAGAUAUGAUACAUGGCUUGUUCUGUUUAGUUGUUCCCACAUAAAACUUUAUGUUUUACAUGUUUUUAUUUUUUUUUCAGCUUGCAGUACUAUUAGAGUACAAUACUUCAGGGGGAAAAGGAAAGUGAUUCUUUGACUGAGUUGCCAGCAUGACAACAGUGUCAAUGGAUCUUCAAGCAUGUACAACUAUUUUUAAGCAAUAUGCUUAAUGGAAUGUAAAUGUGUAUCAUGCACUUUAUUCUUUUGUACUGUACAUAGGACUAGGCACAUCCUCAUUUCUACACAUAGCAAAAAUGUGUAGCUUCAUUUUUAGAUGCAAAUGGAAUCUUUUCAGUCUGAUUCAUAAGAAGUUUUUAACUGCAAAAAAAACCCCAAACCCAGGAUGGAACAGAAUUUAUUUUGCAUGUUUAUAAACAACGGGAUGUACUGCUUCUGCUCCGCAGAGGUUUUUACUUCUUAAUCUUAGACCAUUUGUGUGCAAGGUUCUAUCCCCUCUUCCCAGCUGCAAUGUCUGGAGUUUCCCAUUCAUUGGCUAGCUGUACAGUGUCGUCAAUGGGGCGUUAGUACAGGGUAGUAAUAUUGGGACAGGGGUGCUACAUUUUAACCCGGGACUGCUUAUCUCCUUUCUCUUCACGCAUCCGAACUCUUGAGUACUACUUUCCUCAUACUGGCAGCACAUAGGAUUGAACUAAUGGCUGACCAAGUGCUUGUGAUUGGCAGUGGAGCGAGGGAGCAUGCCCUGGCCUGGAAGCUGGCUCAGUCCCCACGUGUAAAGCAUGUGUAUGUUGCUCCAGGAAAUGCAGGAACAGCUGACAAUGGCAAAAUUUCCAAUUCAGCUGUUUCAGUCAGCAGUCAUGCUGCACUUGCCCAGUUCUGCAGAGAUCAGGAAAUCAAGCUGGUUGUGGUUGGCCCAGAGGUCCCACUUGCUGCUGGAAUUGUUGAUGACUUGACAGCAGCUGGAGCAAGGUGUUUUGGUCCAACAGCAAAGGCAGCUCAGCUGGAGUCCAGUAAGAGCUUUUCCAAAGCAUUUUUGGAUCGUCAUGGCAUCCCAACUGCAAGAUGGAAAUCUUUUACUGAUCCUAAAGCAGCAUGUAGCUUUAUUAACAGUGCAAACUUCCCUGCUUUAGUUGUAAAAGCUAGUGGCCUGGCAGCGGGCAAAGGAGUCAUUGUGGCUUCAAACAAGGAAGAAGCCUGCAAAGCUGUUACAGAAAUCAUGCAAGAUAAGACUUUUGGCACGGCUGGGGAAACUGUUGUUGUUGAAGAACUUCUUGAAGGAGAAGAAGUGUCUUGCUUAUGUUUCACUGAUGGCGUCACAAUUGCUCCCAUGCCUCCAGCCCAGGACCACAAGAGACUAAUGGAUGGCGAUGCAGGCCCUAACACUGGAGGGAUGGGAGCUUAUUCCCCUGCACCUCAGAUUUCUAAAGAUUUACUGCAGACAAUAAAAGCUACUGUUCUUCAGAAAACUGUUGACGGUAUGAGGAAAGAAGGCAUCCCUUAUUUUGGUGUGCUUUAUGCUGGAUUAAUGCUUACAAAAGAUGGACCUAAAGUUCUUGAGUUUAACUGCAGAUUUGGUGACCCAGAAUGUCAGGUAAUUCUUCCCCUGUUGAAAAGUGAUUUGUAUGAGGUUAUGCAAGCAGUUGUCGAUAAAAAGUUGUCCAGUUCCAUGCCGCUUUGGUUUGAAGACAGCGCAGCCGUGACGGUGGUCAUGGCUAGUGAAGGAUAUCCAGGAACGUAUCCCAAGGGAUUGGAAAUAACAGGACUUUCUAAGGCUAAACAACUAGGAUUGGAGGUGUUCCAUGCAGGCACAGCCCUGAAGGAUGGCAAAGUGGUGACUAAUGGAGGAAGAGUCCUUACAGUAACUGCUAUUAAAGAGGAUCUAAUGACAGCAUUGCAAGAAGCCAACAAGGGAGUAGCAGCCAUACAGUUCAAGGGUGCCAUUUAUAGAAAGGACAUUGGUUAUCGGGCUAUAGCUUUCCUGAAGCAAUCCAGGGGCUUGACUUACAAAAACAGUGGGGUAGACAUUGCAGCAGGGAAUACUUUAGUUCAGAAGAUUAAGCCCCUGGCUGCAGCCACAUCAAGGUCAGGCUGCAAUGCAGAACUUGGAGGAUUUGCUGGACUCUUUGAUUUGAAAGCAGCUCAUUACAGAGAUCCUAUCUUGGUAUCUGGAACCGAUGGUGUUGGCACAAAACUCAAGAUUGCACAAGAGUGUAGCAAACACGACACCAUAGGCCAGGACCUGGUUGCCAUGUGUGUCAAUGAUAUCUUGGCUCAAGGAGCAGAACCCCUCUUCUUCCUUGACUAUUUUGCCUGUGGCAAACUUGACGUUGAAGUGGCUCAGCAUGUCAUUGCAGGAAUAGCUGAGGCUUGCAAAAAAGCAGGAUGUGCUCUUUUGGGAGGAGAAACUGCAGAAAUGCCAGGGAUGUAUCCACCUGGAGAGUAUGACCUGGCUGGUUUUGCUGUUGGCGCAGUGGAGCGAGGCCAGAUGCUGCCCCAGAUGGAGAGAAUCACUGAUGGAGAUGUGGUUAUUGGAGUAGCUUCUUCUGGGGUUCAUAGCAAUGGGUACAGCCUUGUAAGGAAGAUUGUGGAAAAGUCAUCGCUAGAUUUCUCUUCUCCUGUUGGUACCGCCGGUGACCAGACGUUAGGAGAUCUCUUGUUAACCCCAACUAAAAUCUACAGUAAGACUCUGUUGCCUGUCCUUCGCUCAGGCCAUGUGAAAGCCUACGCCCACAUCACUGGAGGGGGCUUGCUGGAAAACAUCCCCAGAGUUCUCCCAGAGUCCUUUGGUGUCGUUUUAGAUGCUCUUACGUGGAAGAUUCCUGAAAUCUUUUGCUGGCUCCAUAAAGAAGGGAACCUGUCUGAGGAUGAAAUGACACGGACAUUUAAUUGUGGGAUUGGUGCUGUCUUGGUAGUUCAGAAGGAGAUGGCUCAGCAGGUCCUUAAGGAUGUACAGAGACACGAGGCAGCUUGGCUGAUUGGGAAAGUUGUCUCCCUACAAAAAGGCUCUGACCAAGUUCAAGUCCAUAAUUUGCUUCGAGCCUUGCAAGCAACUCGGUCACUCUCCGUGCACAGCCAUAUCCAAGGCAAAAUCCAAACAAACAAAGUGAGGGUUGCUGUCCUUAUCUCUGGAACAGGCACAAACCUGGAAGCCCUCAUCACCAGCACAAAGAAGCAGACCAGUUUUGCACAAAUAGUUCUUGUUGUUUCUAACAAAGCUGGUGUGGAAGGGUUAAGGAAAGCUGAAAGAGCUGGUAUUCCUACAAGGGUUAUUGACCAUAAGCUGUACGAAAGUCGCACUGCAUUUGACAGUGCUGUCGACAAAGUCCUUCAAGAAUUCUCAGUUGAACUGAUCUGCCUGGCUGGAUUUAUGCGAAUACUGUCAGGUCCUUUUGUCAAAAAAUGGGAAGGAAAAAUACUGAAUAUCCACCCAUCUCUACUGCCUUCUUUUAAGGGAGCAAAUGCCCACAAAUUGGUAUUACAAGCUGGAGUCCGAGUCACAGGCUGUACUGUACACUUUGUGGCUGAGGAAGUUGAUGCUGGAGCAAUCAUUUUCCAAGAGGCAGUUCCAGUUAAAAUUGGUGACACAGUGGAGACCCUGUCUGAAAGGGUGAAGGAGGCUGAGCACCGAGCCUUCCCAGCUGCCCUGCAGCUUGUCGCCAGUGGGGCUGUACAGGUGGGAGAAGCCGGCAAGAUCUACUGGAAGUAGAAGCAGCAUGUCUGUAAGCAUCCUCAGGUGGGACAGCUGGGGAGGCUUAAGCAGAGGUCACAGACUAAGGACACGCACACUGUAUUUUCUUCACAAAAUGUUUUCAACAUAGAGUUUACCAUGGCAUGUUCUCACUCAAAUAAUUAAAGGUUCAAGCUCAAAUCCAGAGAAAGCCUCAAAUAAGAAUAUUAAGACAAGGGGCUGUUCUCAGUCAUUUCAGCAAUGGUUAUAAUCACUUCCUUGGCCAACAUUUCAGUUCUCAGUCACCUUCUUAACACAUAAGAAACCAUUUAGUUGGUUCCCAGGAAAUCUGAGUAUGUCUGUGGUUGACUUGGGAACAGCAGUAUUACUCUCUACCACAGAGGCUGGAAUAGAGAUUUCUCUUGUCACAUGCUGUGAAGUAUUUGUGAAGGAAAUGUAAUGAAACCAGUACAACAGAAGAGACAGCUAAAGGCAAAAAAACUGUACUGAUUAAAAUCUCUAGCCAAAACAAGAGAAACUGGCCUCUCAGAACACUAAAUAUUCUUGCAAAUAAUGAUGUGGAUGAUUUUUUUCCAUCCUGUUUGUGCUUUAAUGUCAGUAUAUCUUGUCUGGCCCAGAUUCUGAACAUAGCCAUAAUUCCAGAUAUUAGACCUGCUACUCCUUAGAUGUGAAAGAGAAUUAAAUACCUGCUAUCAUUUGCCUUCAAGUACGCCCAUGUGAAUCCACAUAUGAAUUCCUCUGAGAGAUUUGUUCAGAGUCAGAAGACUGGUUGGUUGUUUUUGUUUUUUUUAAAUUAGGAGAAAGGGAAUUAGGAUGAGACACAAAAUGGGUUCUUGGCUUGCAAGCCAUUCUUCAGAAAUUCUUCUGAAGUGAAGUGCCCUUUUUCUUGGACCAAUGCUUUCACUGAUGGGAACAUGGUAAACAUUACCAUUCUGAAAACUGUAAGGCUUUUUGAACAGCUCAGCUCUUGGGAAAAAGCACCUGGUUUUCUUCUACUGUUUUAAUAUAGUCAUGAAAACAUUUUGAUAUGUUGACUUAAAUAAUCCAAUUUCCCCCCUACAAGUCAGAACCAUCUGACUGAAGCCGGUUCUGUAUGUUUUAGAGCUUCCCUUUAACACACAGAAAGUUGAUUUGUGUUCUGUGCACUGAUGUCCUUAUGGUACUUCUAUGUUGACAUAAUCUCAAUUUGGAUUUGAAAUAAAGUCUAAUAAAGUUUGAAAA